UACUCCAUGGCUUUAACACAGUAAAAAGGGUAAAAAGGCAAAGAUUAAACUCCUCAUUCACCUCCAUGAUCUAAUACAUAUCUGUCGAAUAAUGCCAAAACGAUGUUUUAAUUCUACUGUGAUAAAUAAAAAAUUCAAAAAUAAUAAAAAAAUAAUAACUACGAAAAGAGCACGUUUGCAAGUUGACUAUAACCUUGAAAUCAACUUAUGCAAUAUGGCACAAGGAUGUAUUGAAAAAACAACUAAGCAUGACAUUAUUGAUAAUAAGUUUGUAGAUAUUAAAGUUGACUAUUUAGAUACGCCUGUUAAGUCAGAAAAUGAUAAGAAAGAUUAUAAGGUUAUCAAAUUACCGAAUGGAUUGACAGCAUUAUUAAUUGCUGACUUGCAUGAUGACAAUAAAUCAAUUAAUUGUCAUCAAGGUGAUUCAUUACAAAGUGAAGAUGACGAGAGUGAAUCAGAUAACUCAGAUGAUGAUGUUGAUUCCGGUGACAGUGGUGAUAGUGAGGAAGUAGAUGGGAUUGAUAAUGGUGACGAUUGCCAAAAACGAAAAUCAUCAAAUGUAGAAGAAAAAAUGGCAGCUUGUGGUCUUUGUGUUGGUGUUGGUAGUUUUUCUGACCCACCGGAGAUACCAGGAAUGGCUCAUUUCCUUGAGCACAUGGUAUUUAUGGGCUCAACCAAGUAUCCACUCGAAAAUGAUUUUGAUGUAUUUAUAAAAAAACACGGUGGCUCAAACAAUGCAUCAACGGAAUGUGAACAAACAACGUUUUAUUUUGAAAUUAAUGAAAAAUAUUUACUUCCAGCACUUGAUAGAUUUGCUCAAUUUUUUGUAAGUCCAUUGAUGCUGAGAGAUGCAAUAACUCGAGAACGAGAAGCUGUGGAGAGUGAAUUUCAAAUGGCACUUCCAUUAGAUUCGUACAGGAAAGAGCAACUCUUUUGCAGCUUUGCUGAGCAUGAUCAUCCAUCAAGAAAAUUUACUUGGGGGAAUCUAGUUACUCUAAAAGACAAUGUUACCGAAGAUAAGCUUUACGAAACAUUGCACGAAUUUCGAGAACGUCACUAUUCAGCACAUCGCAUGACAGUGACAAUCCAGGCAAGAUUACCACUAGACACAUUGGAAGAUUAUGUUAAAAAAUGUUUUGCAAAUGUACCAUGUAAUAAUCUUCCUUCAGAUGAUUUCAGUAAAUUCAUGGGUGCCGAGUCAUUUGAUACACCGUCGUUCAAGCGAAUCUAUAAAAUAAAACCCAGUAAAGAUGUUUGUCAGAUUGAAUUGACAUGGGCAAUGCCAACGUUGCAACAUUUGUAUAAAUCAAAGCCACAUCAAUAUGUUUCUUGGAUAAUUGGUCAUGAAGGUAAAGGUUCGUUAAUAUCUUACCUAGAAAAAAUGUGGUGUCUUGACAUAUUUUCUGGCAACGGUGAAUCUGGAUUUGAGCAUAGUUCAAUGUAUGCUCUUUUCAGCAUCCUUGUUCUCACUGAUCUUGGACACGUUCACAUCAAGGAUGUUCUUAAUGCUGUUUUUUCUUAUAUCAAUAUGCUCAAGAAAAUAGGACCAAAAAAACGCAUUUACGAUGAAAUUUGUAAAAUUGAGGAAACUAAUUUUCGAUUUGCUGAUGAUGAAGCACCUUGUGACUAUGUUGAACAAAUGUGUGAAAGUAUGCAAUUUUAUCCGCCAAUAGAUUAUAUUACUGGUUCAGAGCUUUACUUUGAGUAUGAUCCAGUAUCAAUUGUUCUUUGUAUCGAAGCCCUGAAUGCUGACAAUGUCAACAUCAUUAUUUUUAACAAGAAUGAUGAUGAUAAUUUUGAAAAAAUUGAACCGUGGUUUAGGACAAAAUACACUGACACUAAAAUUCCUGAAGAUUGGAUAAACAAUUGGAAAACAAUUGAACCAUUACCCAGCUUUCAUCUGCCAGAACCAAAUAAAUUUGUUACUGAUGAUUUUACGUUAAUUCCAAUUGAAAAUCAAGAAUAUCCAAAAAAAAUUCACCAAGAUAAUCUCUCGGAAAUUUGGUAUAAGCCAGACGCAAAAUUUCGCCUUCCUGAGUGUUACAUUAAUUAUUUACUAAUAUCACCAUUAAUACAUAAUUCACCCGAAGGUUCAGUAAUAGUUGAUCUGAUGGUUUCAAUAUUAAAACAACAAUUGGUAGAAGAGCUGUAUCCAGCAACAGCAGCUGAGUUGAAUUACGAUAUUCAAGCUCAUGAAAGAGGCAUGAUCAUUAAAGUUUGGGGAUUUAAUCAAAAACUUCCUCUUGUUCUUCAGACAAUUGCCAAAUACAUUUCAGAACUUUCUGUAUUAGUUCGUGAAGAUUUAUUUGAGGUUAUGAAAAAACAACAGAUUAAAUCAUAUUACAAUGUUUUGAAACCUUCAAAAUUGAAUAAUGAAGUUAGAUUAUCAAUAUUGACGAUUCCACACUGGACAUCAAUUGAUAAACACACUGCAGCAGCAAGUAUAUUUUUUGAUAAGUUUAAAAUUCUUUCAAAAAAAUUUAUGGACAGUAUUUAUAUCAAAUGCCUUGCACAAGGUAAUAUGCCAAAAGCUGAUGUGAUCGCACAUUCAUUGAAAGUUUUUAAGAGACUUAGUUGCAAAGCUUUACUGCCUGGAAUUGUACCAACAAUACGAGUAUAUGAAAUACCAAAAGGAAUCAAGUGUUGUCGAAUUAAAAAUUUUAAUCCAAUUGACACCAACUCAGUUGUGACGAAUUACUAUCAAUCAAAAUCUACAAUGCAGCUGUCUGUAAUUAUUGAAAUGAUAAUAAUGAUCAUGGAAGAGCCAUUGUUCAAUCAACUCAGAACUUUGGAGCAAUUAGGCUACAAUGUAUCCUGCCGAUUCAGGGACACAUAUGGUGUUAUGGGAUUCUCGGUGACGGUUUGCACCCAGGCAUCUAAAUUCAGCGUCGAGCAUAUUGACAACAGGAUUGAAGAGUUCUUAAAAACAUUUGAUGAUUCAUUGGGCAAAAUGGACGAGGAUGAGUUGAAAGAGUUUAAGGAUUCUCUACUUUAUAUCAAGCAGUGUGCUGACAAUCAUUUGAAGGAAGAGCUUGACAGAAAUUGGUCAGAAAUCACAUCAGGUGAUUAUAUAUUUGAUCGGCUACCCAAAGAAGUUGAAGCAAUAAGCAAACUUCAAAUUCUUGAAAUUCAAGAUUGGCUAAAAAAACACAGAGUUGGAGGCGAAAAUUUUUGCAAAUUGACGGUACAAAUUGUUGGCAAUGACAAAAAUGAAUCUGAUGAGCAAAUACAGAAAGUAAACGAUAAAGAAAAUAUAUCUCAAUAUUCAUUGCAAUAUGUUCAUAUUUUAGAGAAUAAAAGCAAAAUUAUUGCAUCAACGAUAUUGAUAGUUUUAAAAACACUUGUCGUAUUACCUCUUCAAAACAUAAAUUCAUGA